AUGUAUGAUCUGGGUGGUGGGUCUGUAGUUGCUAGAAGACUCUGUCAAUUUUCGGGUUAUUAUAACUUGCAGUUAUUUAAUAGUGUGAGGAAUUUGAACUCACGAACACUUGAUUUGAUCCUCUCAAACUUGCCUGUUGUGGAGGUGACUCGUGAUUCGGUUCCACUGGUACCCGAGGAUUUGGUCCACCACCCGGCUCUGAGCAUGAAUUUGAUUGUUGACACCCCACAUGAUCAGCAGAUGAGUCCGGGUAUUCACUCUGCUUAUGACUUUAGGAGGGCUGACUACUUCUCUCUGUAUGAAAUGUUGAGAGAUUCUGAUUGGAGUGGCUUAUAUCAGCUGAGAGAUGUCGAUGAAGCUGUUGAUUUCUUUUAUGGAGUAAUUCACAGUUGUUUUGAUGCUACUAUUCCCAAGAAGAUUAUCAAUGGUAAGGGCUCGAAGUAUCCUCCAUGGUUUACAGCGGAGAUUAUUCGGCUGUUAAAAAAGAAGAAUAGGUAUGCUCGGAAGAAGAAUUUCUCAGAUUAUCAUAAGAAUCAAUUUCUUAGAUUGAGGAGAGACGUGAAGGCUCUGAUCGCGGUGGCUUACCAGACUUAUGUCAACUGUGUCCAGAUAAAUAUCAGGAACAACUCCAAAGAGUUUUGGAAGUUUGCAAAUGGCAAGCACAGUGCAGGAGAUAUUUGUGAGAAGAUGGUGCUGGAUGUUGAGGUAUUUAUUGGCUCUGAGGUCCCAGCUGGGUUUGCAGCAUUCUUCCAGUCCGUUUACACGCCAAUCACUGCCUGCUAUGGAACUGAAGUCGAUGAUAAUUUUCAACAUAUUGGUUCCAUUGGUGGCUUGAAUAUAUCAUCUUCAUCGGAACAGGACAUACUUUUGGCAAUAAAAAGCCUUAAACCACGGACAUCUCCGGGUCCCGAUGGGAUUCCAUCAUUUGUGGUGAAAGGGUGUGGUGAGCUCUUGGUUGGACCUUUGAAAUACCUGCUUGAUCUGUCGCUCAGGAUGAGCCACUUUCCUAGUAAGUGGUAA